UUCGCCAAGCCGUCACCAAAGUUGUUGCGCAUGGUGAACCAGGCGAUACAAGACUUUGACAUGAUUCAACCCGGAGACCGUAUUUUGCUUGGUCUUUCGGGAGGUAAAGAUUCUCUCGCAAUGUUACACAUUCUGAUGUGCAUGAUGUCGCGUUAUCCGCCCGGAACAUUUACUCUCGCGUGCGCGACAGUAGAUCCCGGCACCGAGGCGUUCAAUCCUCGGCCUUUGAUUCCUUAUGUGGAAUCUCUCGGCAUCGAGUACCAUUAUCUCGAAGAAGAAAUCAUGGCGAUGGCGGACGCGCACAUGACUGGUGACAGUAUUUGUGCGUUCUGCGCGCGUAUGAAACGGGGCGCUCUAUACACGUGUUGUCGCAAGUAUGGUUACAACAAGCUCGUUCUAGCACAACAUUUAGAUGACUGUGUGGAGAGUUUCCUGAUGAGCACAAUGUACAACGGAACGAUGCGAACGAUGAAAGCGUCGUAUCUCAUCGACGAGGGUGAUAUCACUGUCAUUCGUCCCGCCAUUUACUUACGCGAGAAGGCUUUACGUGACUUUUCUUACGAAGCGGGAUUGCCCGUCAUCAACGAAAAUUGUCCG